AUGAUUCGUGAGGCCGGUAUGUUGGAAAGCCGUUCUUACGAGGGGCCUCAGAAGGCGACUGAUAUCCAUGGCUUCUUGGAUGGGUUUGCGUUUGCUACUUUGGAAGACUUCACUGGGCUUGGUGACCUGCCGGUGCCAAGGAAGGUUUUCUCUUCCCCCGUGGGGGUCGGUAGUUACCUUCGGUGUUUGGUGACCAAAGAAUAUCAGGCAGUGAUGAACGAAGUGGAAACCCCCUGCCUAUUCAAUGAAGCCCAACAAGCAUUAAAUCAGGCUUCGCUGCUACAUCACGAGGCUUUCCUCCGAUACCGGGAGGAAUUAACUCACCACGAGGCUGAGGUUCGGGACCUCACUGAGAAAAGUGACAGCUACAAGCUUCUCAGUGAGAAGCUUCAGGCCGAUUUAGUAACAGCUCGGGAUGAACAUGCCGAGAUGUUCGAGCAGGUCCGGCAGAGGCUCGAACAGAUUGGGCAGCUCAAGACAGAGGUAGAUACAAUACAAGUUGAGGCUGAAGAGUUCAAGAAAAACAUGGACAUCUUAGCUUCGAGAAAGGAAGCUGUCCGAGCAUAACUGGAGUCGGCCGAGACCCAGCCCCAGGCUGCUAAAGAGAAAGCGUCGGUGCAGGUCAAGAAAAUCAAGGAGCUUCAAUCCCAGUUGGACUUGGCUAUUUUUGAUAGAGCAAACUUGGUCAAUGAACUAGAGGUGGCCAAAUCAGAGGUGGCAGUGGCCAAUGCCAAAGCCGAUGCUAAAGUAGCCAAAUACAAGGUCGACGUGGGUAUGACCGUGGCCUUUAAAAAUCGGGGAUUUCCUAAGAGGUAUUAUGCCCCCGAUGAUCGAUAGUUCAAUCUAUUCGAGUUUAUUUUUCAGACGGCAGUCCCUGAGUAUGGGAGUGAGCAUCCGAACUCUGGUUAUAUUUGGCCCUUAAGCUCGUUUCCUUAAGAGAUCGAAAGUACGAAAUUGUA